AUGGCUUUUACUCGGAAGAACAAGGUGUUGAGAAUCAAGAUCGGUUGUAUUAAUCCGUCCCUUAUUCCUCUAGACUCUGAUCUAUUUAUAAAGAGAGGUUUCUUUAAAUUGCAUUUUGAGGUAGAGAGGGGGCUGGGAGAACAUGAUGCGGAUACGAUUGAAUCUAAUGGGGGUCGAAAAGAUGAUGAUGGUUCUGAUGAGGCAAACAAGGACAGAGAGGACGACACUGAUGGGAAGGGUAAUGAGAUGGACAUGGAUGGAGCAAAUGGGCACACAGAUAAGGAGGAUUCUAUUAAUAUGGAAAUUAAUGAAAAUGAAGGUCAUAAGGGGAAACAAGUUGCUCUGCACCGGUCUGAAAUGGAGUUUAAAUUUGGGGCUUUUGUGUCUCAAGUAAAACUCUCAGGUACUAAAUUAUCCACCUCUGAUGAUCUACAUAAAAAUACUAAUGAAAUACCUAUACUGCCUGUACAAAAACAUAUUCUUGAUGACAAAUCUAUGAUGUUUUCCGAUGCAGAUUUGGAUACUAUUUUGGUACUACCCAAAUAUUUUGGUGGUGAGGCGAAGAAGAUUUCGGAGAAGUCUGAUGUUGCUCAAGAGGAGCACCUACUGUCCCUAUUGACUGAAACGGGGUACACAGGGAAGGACACGGCCCAAACUGAAUUUUUGGCUGCGAAGUUAUCGCCGAUGCUAAGGGCUACCACAGCUCCUUCAUCGCCGAGGGCAGCCGCGGAGAGUGUCAAAUGCAUGAGGAUCGAUGAAGAGUCACUGCAUAGGUUGUCUGACUCUGCGUCGUCAUUGCAUGUGACUCGGGAUAAGCAAACAGAGGAUGGACAUAUAUCGCUUGAUGAACAAAUAAAGACUGGGCAGUCUAAUACUACUACUGUGCAUACUUCAGAUGUGGCAAAAACAAAUGUGAAGUUUGUAGCCAAGAGUACGGAGAAUGAGGAUGAUGUUCACAAAAACGUACAGUCUGUUUCUCCAAAGCCCUCUGUCGAGGACGUGGUAGCCUUUGGAGGAAUACCGUGUCCUGCUGCGAACGAGGUGCGGAUCAGCAAGCGAAUUGGUGCCCAAUCGGAUGCGGAUUUGACACAGAUGGAGCGUGCAAUGAAGAAGACUCAAUUGCGUAACUCUGUCAACUCAGGUAAUCAUAUACCUAAAUUCUCUAUUUUAUCUAUCCCUGAUACAGAAAUUAAGGAAAGAGCGAACCGCAUGGGAAUCUCUUUAGGAAAAUCGUUUGAUGAAGUUGCAAGUAGUAUAAAUGGGAUAAAAAACCGAGAGGGUGAACGAACUUUACUAAUAAUGCAAAAAAAUGCUGAUGAAAUUUCAAAUGAAGGUUCCGCCUCCCUCAUUGUUUCAAGAGCAUCCAAUUUGUGUGAGGAUCUUCUAGAUGAUGAAGAUAUUCAUGCAGACUUGGUAGAUCACUUCAAACAGACAGAACCGAUUAAAAAAGAAAAGAAACAGAGGAGAAGGAAGGUUUAUGAUCUCUCCAAUGUCCGCAAGAGUACAAGGAAAAUUAUCAAAAAACAAUACUCAUAA